AUGACCGAGGAGGCCGACAAGGAGUACAUCAAGCUGAAGGUCGUCGGCCAAGAUUCAAAUGAGGUCCACUUCCGCGUCAAGUUCGGCACGUCGAUGGCCAAGCUGAAGAAGUCGUACGCCGAGCGGACAGGCACCGCCGUUAACUCAUUGCGCUUCCUCUUCGACGGACGCCGCAUCAACGACGAGGACACGCCCAAGAGUAUGGAGAUGGAAAACGACGACGUCAUUGAGGUCUACGCCGAGCAGCUCGGAGGCGCCCGCCAA